GAACGAAAGAUGCUGCGGCUGGUGUACCAAAAGAUGGCCCAGUGGUGGAUGUAAAUAAUCUACGAUAUAUCGUGGACCUUCAUAAUGAGUGCAGUGAUGAAGAAGACAGCCCUGUCAAAGUGAUGACAGAUAUCAUAACACAUCACAAGACUUUCUCAGGAAAAUGGACUGGUGCCAUGGGAAGUGAUCAUCUACCUAGCAUUGGUGAGUUUCAACGCCUGCUCCACGAAAGUUCAGUAUUUCUGUUCUACGGCACGGAACGAUGUCUUGGUAGUCUACCGCCAAACAUGCUUUGUCCAAUGAAUCUUACAGAGUGCAAUGUGGCAUUCAUUAUGGACCUUGUUCAAACGAACAGUAGCUUUUUAAGGCAAAGUCGCGAUGAUUCCGCCAAAACUGUCAGUGAAAUCUCACUAGAGGAUCCCUUGGAGUGCGCCAUGUUGUUUUCCCUGGCCGGGGUAGGCUGUGUGUUGACUAACACCUGGCAUGGACAAUUACAAGAUAACAAAAAUAAAUUAAUCAAAUACUUCACAGUUCUUCUUGAAGAUUCAAAGCCCAUCGGUCAAGCCUUACGAUCUCUAAUCGAAUUCCCAAAGCCUUCAGAAGUAGAGCAAGAUGCAGAAUGCAGUUCCGAAAAAGGUUCCAAGCACGGGAAUGGAGCACGAAAAGAUAGUAAGGCGCCGGUACAAAACCCUCUAAGAGAAACAGAAUUGCACAUGCCUUCAAAUCAGCCCCUUGCUCCAGCACCACGACAAUGGUUUAAUACUGUCUUGUAUGGUGCUCCCACUUUUCUAUUCAAUCCAGCCAAAACCCUUUGAAUGUCUUUUAAUUGCUACCAUUCAAAACCAUUUUGCGUACUUUUUUACGCUAAAUCAUAUGCCAAGAUCUAUUAACUAGCCAAGAAGAGAAAGAUAUGGUGUUUUUUUGCGAUGCCAUGUGAAGACCUACGAAGCGUUUAGUCUUGUGUUUUGCCGGCUUCACGACCUCAAACAUAUCAUAUUUCAGUUCCCUCUUCCUGGCGAGUGAAUAGCAAAAAUAGCAAAUUAUUCUCAUGAAAAUAUGGCCGCCGCCGUGUGAUAAAAGUCCAUCGCGUUUUGAUGCAUGUAUUUAUUAGCAAGAUAGUUAUUUGCCUUGCACGGGUGCUCUUCAUUAUUUAGAAGAGUAUGUAUGUAUUUUAAUAUAAAAACGUUAACUAAAAACAAA